AUGCGGCGGGGGAAGAAGGGAGGGAUGAGGCGGAAGACUCCUGCUGAUCGACCUGUGGAUCAGGAGUCCAGCAACAAAUCCAGAGUGAGGAGGGUCCAGACUAAGGCAAAAGCAAGGAGGAAGAAGCUGGUGAAGAAGACUCCGCAUGUGCCGUGUGUGAAGCAGGACUCCAACAGCAAUACAAGCGGCUGUGAGCAGGAAACAAGUCCGAUUCCCGAGAAGCAGGAGUCCAGUCCGGCCCCGAUCCCAGACCUAGACUGUCUCCCAGGCUCGUCAUCGCUCCCACUCUGUGACCCUGAGAAAUUACAGAGGAUAAUGCGGCGGGGGAAGAAGGGAGGGAUGAGGCGGAAGACUCCUGCUGAUCGACCUGUGGAUCAGGAGUCCAGCAACAAAUCCAGAGUGAGGAGGGUCCAGACUAAGGCAAAAGCAAGGAGGAAGAAGCUGGUGAAGAAGACUCCGCAUGUGCCGUGUGUGAAGCAGGACUCCAACAGCAAUACAAGCGGCUGUGAGCAGGAAACAAGUCCGAUUCCCGAGAAGCAGGAUUCCAGUCCGGCCCCGAUCCCAGACCUAGACUGUCUCCCAGGCUCGUCAUCGCUCCCACUCUGUGACCCUGAGAAAUUACAGAGGAUAAUGCGGCGGGGGAAGAAGGGAGGGAUGAGGCGGAAGACUCCUGCUGAUCGACCUGUGGAUCAGGAGUCCAGCAACAAAUCCAGAGUGAGGAGGGUCCAGACUAAGGCAAAAGCAAGGAGGAAGAAGCUGGUGCAGAAGACUCCGCAUGUGCCGUGUGUAAAGCAGGACUCCAACAGCAAUACAAGCGGCUGUGAGCAGGAAACAAGUCCGAUUCCCGAGAAGCAGGAGUCCAGUCCGGCCCCGAUCCCAGACCUAGACUGUCUCCCAGGCUCGUCAUCGCUCCCACUCUGUGACCCUGAGAAAUUACAGAGGAUAAUGCGGCGGGGGAAGAAGGGAAGGAUGAGGCGGAAGACUCCUGCUGAUCGACCUGUGGAUCAGGAGUCCAGCAACAAAUCCAGAGUGAGGAGGGUCCAGACUAAGGCAAAAGCAAGCAGCUCCAUCUCUUACUCCCGACACAGGAUGUUCCAGAUUGUUCCAACACAUGAGCUGUGGAUCAAAGCUGCUGUGACUCAUGUGGGACUUGUACGUCACAGACACAGAGUGGACCGGCUCCUCACCGGCUCCUCACCGGCUCCUCACCGGCUCCUCACCGGCUCCUCACCUGCUCCUCACCAGCUCCUCACCGGCUCCUCACUGGCUCCUCACCUGCUCCUCACCAGCUCCUCACCGGCUCCUCACCGGCUCCUCACCUGCUCCUCACCAGCUCCUCACCUGCUCCUCACCAGCUCCUCACCAGCUCCUCACCGGCUCCUCACCGGCUCCUCACCUGCUCCUCACCUGCUCCUCACCAGCUCCUCACCUGCUCCUCACCAGCUCCUCACCAGCUCCUCACCGGCUCCUCACCGGCUCCUCACCUGCUCCUCACCUGCUCCUCACCUGCUCCUCACCGGCUCCUCACUGGCUCCUCACCUGCUCCUCACCAGCUCCUCACCGGCUCCUCACUGGCUCCUCACCUGCUCCUCACCGGCUCCUCACCUGCUCCUCACCAGCUCCUCACCUGCUCCUCACCAGCUCCUCACCGGCUCCUCACCGGCUCCUCACCUACUCCUCACCAGCUCCUCACCUGCUCCUCACCAGCUCCUCACUGGCUCCUCACUGGCUCCUCACCGGCUCCUCACCGGCUUCUCACUGGCUCCUCACCGGCUCCUCACCUGCUCCUCACCAGCUCCUCACCAGCUCCUCACAAGCUCCUCACCGGCUCCUCACUCCCCCUGCAUCCCUCCUCCUCAGGCUGCCCGGAGCAUCUUCUCUCUUUCGCCCGAAGCUGGAAAAAGUGAGUGA